AUUUUAGGGAAAGCUAUUAGCAAUCCACCUGCGCUUUAUUCGUCAACCCGGCUUUUCUUUCUCCGCAAUGGAUGUUGACCGAUCCGACUCUGAAAACGUGGCGGCGGAAGAAAACGCGAAGCCGGUGGUGCACGAAGGCGCAGGUGACGCUGCGACAUCUCAUUCAGAGCGUCUGCGACGCAAGAACAAGAAAUUCGCUCGUUCUAAUAGCAAGGAAGGGGUUACUAACGUAGCUCCGCUACCUAAAUACCGUAGCUGGAAAAAUAGCCGGCGACCGCGCAAUGGACACGGCAGGGGCUUGCCUAAGAAAGGCGGGGCCGGCGGCAAGGGCGUGUGGGGCGCGCCAGGGUCGGAAUUGCUGGAAGAGUUUGUGGAGGAUGCGAAUGACCCCAACUAUGACUCCGAAGCUGUCACCAAUGGGGACGUGGAGUUCAAACAGGUCAUCGUGGAGGCCGAACCUGAGGAAAUUGUGCGUAAAUCGGAGCCCGUGAUCUUGGAGUACUUCGAGCAUGGGGACACCAACGCAGCGGCUGAGGACUUCCUGGAAUUUGUCACCGCCAAGCGCAGUCAUUUGGUGUGCGAGACGAUCGUAGAAAUAGCACUUGAUCAUAAGCCAUCGCAUUGCGAAAUGGCUUCUGUCCUUAUAUCGGACCUAUAUGGAAGGGUGUUUUCGGCCAAAGAUAUUGGUUAUGCAUUCGAGAGGCUACUAGAGAAGUUACCAGACUUAGUACUGGACACGCCGGACGCGGCGGUACUAUUGUCAAACUUUAUAGCGCGAUGUGUCGCGGACGACUGUCUUCCGCCACGAUUCGUGCAAUCGCAGGCGCAGGCCACUGAUCUCAACGCACCAGCCAGACAAGCAAUCCACAGGGCGGAGACAUUAUUAUCUAUGAAACAGGGUCUGGUAAGACUCGACAACAUUUGGGGAGUGGGAGGAGGCAUUAGGCCAGUGAAAUCGUUGAUCCGUCAGAUCCAGCUCCUCCUCAAGGAGUAUCUGACAUCAGGCGACUUGGCCGAGGCGAUGCGGUGCGUUCGCGAAUUAGAAGUACCACACUUUCAUCAUGAAUUAGUCUACGAGACGGUGUUGUUAGCAUUGGAAUCUAUAAACUCUAGCGCGGAGGAGAGUCUGGCGACAUUCCUCGCUGAACUGAGGCGAAGCGUGGUCGUCAGCCCAGAUCAGAUGGACAGGGGUUUCCUCCGUGUGUUGGAAGACAUGAGUGACAUAGUAUUGGACGUGCCCCUCGCGUACAUAGUGCUGGAUCGGUUCAUGGAGCUCUGCCAGCACAAGUUUCGUCUAGGAGAUGCAGUCUUACAACGUAUGCCCACCAGAGGCCGUAAGCGGUAUGUGUCUGAAGGCGACGGUGGCGCCAUCAAGGAUCACGCACUGAAACUGCGCGAGUAACAUCGCCAUCAUCUACCACCAUCGUCUUUCACCACCACCUAACACCGCCACGCCGGCACCGUUGAUUAGUGACUGAAACCGACGCCACUGAAAUGGAAUACCGAGGUUUGACAACGACCUACAACUAAUUCCCUCUUCAAAAAUACCUUUUCAUGAUCCCUUAAUGUUCAUAGAAAUAUUUCGCAAAUAGAGCAAUAUUGGUUAUAUUUUGUUCUAAGAAGGCUUAGAAAAAUUAAUCAAAAGCUAAGAUUUACUAUAACAUUGAUGUAUGUAAAACUAAUAGAAUAUUAUUAUUUAAUUGUAACUAUCAUGCCUCUUUGACUAAAAAAUAAGUAAUGAAUAGCAAUAAUAAUGUAAAAAAAUCGAUGUGAUUCAGAUUGAUUAAACUAUAAUAUAAUAGAAAUAGCAUUCUGCUAUAAGACUUUUCUUAAGACACCAAAAACAGUAAUUUUUGCUAGUUAGAAUAAACUGUAAUGAGAAUGUUAACCUCCCGCUUGUUAAAUUAUAGUCUAUUUUAUUUAUUCCUCCUUUUUCUAAAGUUAUUACCAUACUUUGAAUAGGUUACUGAAUAUGACAUGAAAACUGUUUCUGAAUAUAAAAAACAAGACCUAAUGGGUGUAUUCUUAAAUUGUAACUUGCAAUUCUAUAAACUUAUUGAAUCAAGACUAUAAACAAUCGUGAUUAUUAUAGAAAAUCACUAGUCAUGCUUUUUUCUUUCUUCUCUAGCUACCAAAAUGGUAUGAGUGAUUAGUAAAUGGUACCCAAAAUUUGUUUGUUCUGAUUUGCCACAAAAGUACAUCAUAGAAUUAAAAUUGCAUUGAUGAUCUAUAAUGACAUGUUAAUCAGAAUAAAUGCUUAUUAUAAGAGGUGUAUCAGGGUUGUCACUUUUAUGGAAGCAUUUUAUGUAAUACUAUUUUUGAGUUUCGGUGAAUUGUAAAUGUUAACUACUAUUAUAAUAAAGAUCGAAGGGUUUGUUUUUGUUAUUUUCGACAUGAUAAUUUUUAAACAUUUUUACCAGUGAUAUUUAAAAAAUAUUUUGGCAUUUCUGAGUUUAUGGGUUUACAUAAUGCUAUGUAUACAAAAAAGUGACAACUUUUAAUAAAGAAACACUUGUGAGGUUAAUAAAAAAGUUACGCUUUGAUUUUAUGUUAUUGUUAUUGUAAAAAUGUACGUAGAGAUUAACAGAUGACUAAUAAAUUGUUAUAUUGAGUUACAUUAUAAAUUUUAUGAAGUUAAAAUUAUAUAAAAUGUCUGAAUACUUCGCAUUGGAUAUCAAUUUUGCUUAGCAAAUAUUUAUGAGAAAGGCAACUGUAAAAAUGGCGUUGUCAUACAUGCAUCCCG